AGUAUGUUUUAUAAAUCGCAGCGAACCAGACCCAGUUAUUAUAUCGAUGUGCUGUAUGAUCAAUCUUGGGAUAUAAAGUUGUGACUUGUUAUUGACAGAAUGGGAAAACAGAUAUUAAUUUUUUCCUUCACAAUCCUUUUUGUUUCAUCCAUUUUUGCUAGUGAAAAAUGUCUGAGUAAAACAGAUCUCGAGUGUACUGGUCGUGUUCAUUAUAACGUGACUCUGACAGCUUAUUAUCCUGUAUUUGACAGUGACAACGAAUCGGAUUAUUUGGAUGUUAAGAUGAAGAAAUUGAGAACUCUGCAGGAUUUUCUUGAUGGGCGUACAGAAUUCGUAACCGUUUCCAUGGAUCUCGAUUCAGGGAUACCAUAUGGCACAAAAUUGUGUAUUCCAGAAUUAAAUGCAAAAUUUCUGCGACAAAUUCCACUUCAGGCUAGAGACAGAAGCCACUACAACGAUGUUAAAACGAGUUCACCCGAUUUUUCUCAUAUAGAUAUUUGCGUAAGAACAGAGGAAGAUACUUAUGAUAAUUCAGUGAAUGGUAUAGUGACUCUCUAUGUAUAAAUUAUUUAAAAGAAUACUUCAUACUUUUUAAAAAUAUAUAAUAACAAAAUUAAAAUUUAGGAAAUAAUUUAAUGAUUUUUUUCUUUUAAAUCUUCCAUUAAAAAAUAUUAUAUAUAUUAUAUAAAAUAAAUCAUAUAAUAAUACUUUGGGAUGGAAUUUAAUAUUUAAACCGAGGACCAGUGUGGCCAUGUUUUUAUCAAUUCGUAUAGACUAUUGCCUGGACAAGAAGUGUGUGUUGUUUGUCGAUGGCCAAG